AAGCAAACCGAAGCAGCAGCAGCAGCAGCCCAGCAAGCAGCGAGAGCGUGGUCCGACGGCUCAUUUUUCACUCGGUUCUUGUUUAAGUUUUUUCGUUGUUCCGUUUCGAGGGUUUUUCCGGUGCAUCCAGAACCGGUGCCAUCGGCCGCAGGUGCGCGCGCGUUCGACUGCAGACGGAAGUGCGCGGAAUAGUGCGUAAAAUCCCGUUGGAGGAAAAUUGGCUAGCCAAAAAAAUCAAAAAGUAGGGAACCAAUUUUCACCUUUUUAGACAGUUGGGUGUGAGUGAGAGAGAGGGGGAGAGUGAGGGAGAGACGAUUUUCGCCGCUGUCAAAAAAUCGCUCCUUUGCGCUGUCAGUUGUUGUUUUUGGUGGCAUUUUGUGCGAUUUCGCAGCGCAGCACCAGGAGGAAAAUUCCGGACGUUUUUGCUUCUCGCGUGUGUGUUCGUGGUUUGCGGUCGGGUCAGGGAAAUCGGUACGGCCGGAAGUGACCGCGAGUGUGUCCCGCGUUACGGAUUGCCACAGGCUGGGGGGUUCGCGAACUUAGUGCGUUUUUCUUUUUUUUGUUUUCUCUUUAGUUGACACCGUUUUUUUUUUAUUCGCGGUGCCGUUUUUACGGGAAAGAGGAAAAGGCUGGAAGAAGAGAGCUGGUUCCCCACACGAGGUGAAGAGGCAAAAGUGAGAAUCGAUAGUGAGCAGCAAAAGAUGAACACAAAAUCCGACACGAAUCGGCAUGUACUAACGAUCCAGGCGAAAAAGAAGCGUCAUAAGGCAGCGAAGAAGAAGGCCAAACAACAGGCAGCGGCCGCGGCGGCAGCAGCAGCAGGUGGUGGUGGCCAGCAAUCUCCGGAUGAUGAGAUGAGUUCGGUUACGGCGGCGGCGGCGACGGCGACAACGGUGGUGGCGAACGACAAUCAGCAGCAGCAGUAUUCGUCCGGGUUGAGCAAGAAGAACUCGAGCUCGACGGAGACGAUCGAGGACCGGGACGACCGGUUGUUGGACGAGGACGGUGCGGGAUACAGUGAUGAUGACGAGCGGGAGGGUGAGCAGGAGGCGCGGGAGGAUUAUUGCCGCGGGGGUUAUCAUCCGGUGAAGUUGGGCGAUUUGUUCCUGCAGCGGUAUCACGUCAUCCGGAAGCUCGGGUGGGGUCACUUUUCGACGGUGUGGCUUAGUUGGGACCUGGAGGAGAAGCGGUACGUGGCGUUGAAGAUUGUCAAGUCGGCGCAGCACUUUACCGAUACGGCCAAGGACGAGAUUCAGAUUUUGAAGUCGAUUCGGAACGCCGACCCGGCCGAUCCAAAGCGAAACAAGACGGUGCAGCUGCUGAACGACUUCCGGAUAACGGGCGUCAACGGGACGCACAUCUGUAUGGUGUUUGAAGUGCUGGGGCACAAUUUGCUGAAGUUGAUCCUGAAGAGCAACUAUCGGGGAAUUCCGCUGGUGAACGUCAAGUCCAUCAUCCGGCAGGUGUUGGAGGGUCUCGAUUACCUGCACGGCAAGUGCAAGGUCAUCCACACGGACAUCAAGCCGGAGAAUGUGCUGCUGUGCGUGGACGAGAGUUAUAUCCGCAAGUUGGCCUGCGAGGCAACGGAAAUGCACACGAUGGGAUGUCGGUUGCCGUACUCGUUAAUCUCCGCUGCGCCCCCGCAGUUCCAGGAGCAACCGUUGAGCCAAAACAUGAGCAAAACCAAGAAGAAAAAGCUCAAGAAGAAGGCGAAAAUGCAAACCGAGUUGAUCCGGCAGCAGAUGGAGCACAUCCAGCAGCUGGAGUUUGGCCCUCAGCUGGAAAACGGCGACUGCCAAGAUCCCAAAAUGGACCAGGACCACACCACGGCGAACGCGGAAUCCCCGCGCCUGCUGCUGAACGGUGACCGCUCCGGCAGCGGUUCCUCCGACGAGGACGAAUCCGCUGCACCGCCCCAGAAGCCUUCCAGCAACUCGUCGGCCCUGACCAGCCCGGACGCGUCCACUUCCAACAACAACAGUGACGACGUCCUCGGCGGCGGCGAAAAGGCAUCAUCCGCAGAUUCCCCCAACCCUGCCACCACAGCUUCCGCGUCCUCCACCGCCUCCAAAACCACCCUCGACAUCAGCGAGUCCAUGCGGAAGAUCCUGUCCCACGUCAAGGAGCGCAAGGACCCCGCCUUCGAGAUCUGCUCCGACGUCGAGGUCAAGAUCGCCGAUCUCGGCAACGCCUGCUGGGUGGACAAACACUUCACCGAGGACAUCCAAACGCGCCAGUACCGCUCCCUCGAGGUCAUCAUCGGCUCCGGCUACAACACGUCCGCCGACAUCUGGAGCACCGCCUGUAUGGCCUUCGAGCUGGCCACCGGCGACUACCUGUUCGAGCCGCACUCGGGCGACAACUACUGCCGGGACGAUGACCACAUCGCACACAUCAUCGAACUGCUCGGACCGAUCCCCAAGCGGAUCGCCCUGUCCGGCCGGAUGUCCAACCACGCGUUCAACUCCAAGGGCGAACUGCGCAACAUCUCCGGCCUCAAGCCGUGGGGCCUCGUCGACGUGCUGCGGGAAAAGUACGAGUGGCCGCUGGAGGACGCGAUCGAGUUCGCCGACUUCCUGACGCCGAUGCUGGAUUACGACCCGAAAGGGCGCGCCACCGCGUCCGAGUGUUUGAAGCACUCGUGGUUGAAGCAUUAAGCAAGUGUGUGCGUGUGAUGGGUGGGUGUGUGCGCGGGACUCUGGGGGGAAAAGAGGAAGAGACCAAAUUGUGUGGAAACAGAGGCCAGUGACAGCGGAAGAAGCGACGAGGACUAGCCCGGAAGCAGCGCAGCGCAGAUACAGUAGGAAAAAUUCACAACUAUUAUUGCACACCGGAUCGGAUUGCGGCGGUGGCCAGCAGUUUGUUGCCGGCCAAGCAAAAUUUCACACCGGCCGCCGAGAGCAGCAGCAUCAGCCAACGGAACUGUAAAAUAAAAUUGCUUGCUUGAAUCAUUGAACAUAGAAACCCAGAACCAGGAGAGGGAGCGGCAGAGCUGUUUCUACUAUAGACAAAAAGAAUUACAUAAAAAAAAACAACAAACACACACACAGACUCACAUUCACAACAAACACAACUUUAUGAGAUAUGCGAUAAUAAAGGCAGUGAGAGAGAGAUAAAGAGAGGAGAAUGAGGAUGGUUAAACCAGACUCGAAAAAAUAAAAAUAAAACAAGAAA